UUGCACAGAAGCGACAGUGUGUGUUUGCAGGUGUCAACAGCAAAAUAUUGACACACACACAUACUCUUCAGUACUGAAACCUGUAGGAUAUUUAUAUUUAUUAAAAAAAAAUUCUUCUGAGUUUUAGACAAAAAAAAAAAAAAAAAAAAAAAAAAAAAAGGGACCAGCAUGUUAAGACGGAUAUUACAGAUGACUCCAGGGAAAGGAGGCUCCCAGAACUCGGAGUCUGAGCAGCCCUCUGCAGAUAUGAAUAAUGAGUCUUCAGAGGGCUUCAUUUGUCCCCAGUGUAUGAAAUCACACAACUCUGCUGAGGAGCUCUUUAAGCAUUAUGAGGUGUUCCAUGAGCCUGGAGAGCAGCCCUCUCACUUCAGCCCUGGCAGGGAGGAUGUAGCCCUUCUUCGACAGGAAGUCCAAGAUUUACAAGCUUCACUAAAGGAAGAACGCUGGUUUUCUGAGGAAUUAAAAAAAGAAUUAGACAAAGUACAAGGACAACUAGCGACUAAUAAAGGCUCACAGAGUGAUGGUACCAGUGUAGAAGAAUCAGAGCUCGAGAUGAGGCUCAAUAAAGCUGAAACAGAGAAAUUCAACAUCAAACAGAUGAAAGACCUGUUUGAACAGAAAGCUGCCCAGCUCGCCACUGAGAUUGUUGACAUCAAAUCUCGUUACGAUGAGGAGAAAAGCUUGAGAGAAGUUCUAGAGCAAAAGGUGGCCAAUCUGAACCAAGAUCUGCAGAGAGAGAGACAGGAGAAGGAGAAACUGUCAGCAGAGUUGCUUCAGAGGCCUGGAGUGGAGGACGUGGAGGUGUUGAAGAAAGAGCUGGUGCAGGUGCAGACGCUCAUAGACAACAUGACAUGGGAGAGGGAGGAGGAGUCCGAGCGCCUUAAGAGCCAAUACAAACAGCUGCAGGCCAACUUCACUUCCUCAGAGAUUCAUAAUCUGGAGACCACAAUUGCUCAGUUGAAGGCAGAACUUGAAAAGGGACCUCAGGAGGCAGCAGUCUACACCCAACAAAUCCACCAAUUACAGAGCAGCCUGAACAACGUCCAGCAACAGACCCAGCUGUUGUCAGAGAAAUUAUCUCGGAAGGAGAAGGAGAGUCAGGAGCUUGAGGAGCAUCUGGGUCAGGAACAGUCCUCUAAGAAGAGUCUUCAGACUAACCUGCACAAGAGAGACCUGGAGCUCCAGGAAAGUCAGGCCCGGGCUUCAGCAGGGGAGGCGGCUCUGAGUCGGGCUCAGGCCGAACUGAUAGAACGUGGUGAGGAGGUUGCUCGUCUCAGGCGGGAGCUCGGUGAGCUCGAGAAGAGCCACCAGGAGCUGAAGGCAGAGAAAAAGCAACUCCAGCAACAAAGGGAGGAUAAGGAGAACCAGGGCCUGCAGCAGCAGAGUGAGAUCAGCCAGCUGCAUGCUAAGCUGCUGGAGGCCGAGCAUCAGCUGGGGGAGCUGCAGGGCCGGCUGAAAGAGCAGAGGCAGCUGUCAACAGAGAAACUCAAAGAUCGAGAACAACAGGUGGCAGAUCUGCAGCUGAAACUCUCUCGUGUGGAGGAGCAGUUAAAAGAGAGCUCUGCCAAGUCUACUGACCUCCAGCAUCAGCUGGACAAAUCUAAACAGCAGCACCAAGAACUACAAACACUUCAACAGAGCACUAAUGGCAAACUUAGAGAGGCACAGAAUGACCUGGAACAGGUGUUGCGUCAGAUCGGGGAAAAGGACCAGAAGAUCCAGAAUCUUGAAGCUCUGCUUCAGAAAAGCAAGGAUAGUUUAAGCCAGCUGGAGACAGAGAGAGAGGACCUGUGUGCUAAAAUCCAGGCUGGAGAGGGAGAGACAGCUUUGCUCAAACAACUACAGGAGAAAAACCACUCACUACAGGAACAGAUUACGCAGUUGACUGACAAGCUCAAGAACCAAUCGGAGAGCCACAAGCAGGCUCAGGAGAACCUUCAUGAGCAGGUGCAGGAGCAGAAGACCAACCUGCGUUCAGCACAAGACCGCUGCCAGAGUCUGGAGACCACAAUCAGUGAACUUAACACUCAGCUCAUCGAGAGCAAAGAGAAGAUUGCACAGCUGGACACGCAGUUGAAAGCCAAGACAGAGAUGCUGCUGUCGGCUGAAGCUGCAAAAAUUGCCCAGCGAGCUGACUUGCAAAAUCACCUGGUGACGGCUCAGAAUGCAUUGCAGGACAAGCAACAAGAGUUGAGUAAAGCACAGGCUCAACUGGAGGAUCAGGGCCGCAGGCUGCAUGAGAAGCAGGAUCAGUGCUCUCAGCUGGAGGCCAGUCUGAAGGACAGCAGAGACAAACUGCUGACUGCAGAGCAGAGGAUAGAGACCCUAGAGACACAGACCAAGAAAGCAGAGGUGGAGUUAACCGAGCUCUGCUCUGGAAGGGAACAGGCUCAGAAAGAGCAGCAAAAGCUGAAGAAGCAGAUCGGUGAGCUGGAGAUGAAGUUGAAGGAGCUGAACCUUCAGUUAGAGUUGGAGAAACAAGGAGCUGUUACACAACAAGAGGACUUGAAGAAGAAAACCUCAGCCCUCUCUGAAACCAGUCAACAGCUGGAGAAGGCAGAGCAGGAGCGGGGAGCCUUGCAGGCCAGCCUGGAUAAACUAUCUCAGGAGGGACAGAUGUGGCAGGCAGAGUUGGACAGAAAAGUCCAGAACCUGAGCUCUGAGCUUCAGAAAACCCAGCAGGAGAAGGAGGCUCUGACUAAAGAGGUGGCCACAGUUAAGGAGGCUCUGAGCAAAGCUGCCAAAGCCCUGAAAGAGAGCCAGACUCAGCUGGAGAAGGAGAAAAAGAACAGCAAGGUAGUUUUGGAGGAGAAGGAGACAUCUUAUCAGAAAGCACAACAAGAGCUUCAGAAAAAUGCAGAGGACACUUCUAAACAGCUCAGUGAGGUCAAAGGUCAACUGGAAAAAUCAGUUGAGGCAGAGAAGAGCCUUCAGUCUCAGCUUACCGCACUGAACACCCAGCUGAAACAGUCUCAAGACACACUGAAAGAGAAGGAUAAGAGCACUCAGCACCUUCAGGCACAGCUGAAGACCACCCAGGAGUCCUUCAGCCAGCAAGUGAAGAAACUGGAGGCUCAAGUGACCGAGCUGCAGGCCACCAUCACUAAAAAGGCUGAGGAGGAGGCCAAACUGAAGAAGCAGGUGACAACAUUGUCUAAAGAUCUGAACUCUGAGAAAAAAUGUUGUGCAGAGCUGCAGAAGACCAACAACAGCACCAAAGAAAGCCUUGCGUCGCUACAGUCUGAUUUCUAUGGCAAAGAGUCUGAGCUCUCUGCAGUACAUCAGGACCUCAAGGUGUGUGAGGAGAAGCUGGUUCUGGCUCAAGAGGAGCUGGUGGCCAACAGGAACCAGCUCAGCAGUCAUGAGACCAAGAUCCAGGAGCUGAAGACGGGUCGUGUUGCGCUGGAGAAAGACCUUGCCAAGAGAGACGAGAAGAUCAAACAGCAGGUGGAGGCUCUUCAUAAGCUUCAGAAACAACAGGAGGUAACAGAGGAGCAGCUGAAGAAGGAGAGAGCUCAAUGUGAGGAGAUGAGAGAGAGUCAGAGUGGUCUGGAGAAGGAUAAGAGCAAACUCAGUGCUGAUCUUAAAGCACUGGCAGAGAGGAAUGAGAAGGAGCUGAAGGAGCUCCAAGCAGCGAAGCAGCUGCUGAUCCAGCAAAAGGUGGAGCUCCAGGGGAAGGUGGAGGCGGCUCAGGCAUCUCUGGAGCAGGAGCAGGGAGAACACCAGAAGACUCAAGACUCCAUCAAACAUGCACAGCAGGAGCUCAAAGCUGAAACUGACAAACUACAGCAACAGCUGGUGGCAGAAGUGAAGGCUAAAGAGGAAGUUGAGAAACAGAGGGAAGAGGCAGAGGUGAAGAUGUCUAUGCAGGUGACUGUGCUAAACGAGAACGUUGCGACGCUAAAGCGAGAGUGGCAGAGCAGCCAGCGAAGGGUGGGCGAGCUGGAGAAACAGACAGACGAAUUGAGGGGAGAGAUUGCCGUGCUAGAGGCCACCGUCCAGAACAACCAGGACGAGAGACGUGCACUGCUGGAGAGAUGUGUCAAGGGUGAGGGUGAGAUUGAGAAGCUUCAGGCUAAGUUGGUGGAGAUGCGCAAGAAGCUUGACGAUACAACGGCUGCAAUGCAGGAACUUGGCCGAGAGAACCAGUCAUUACAGAUUAAACAGUCGCAGUCCCUCACACGGAAGUGGGCGGAAGAUCAUGAGGUGCAGAAUUGUAUGGCCUGUGGGAAGGGCUUCUCUGUCACUGUCAGAAAGCACCACUGUCGACACUGCGGCAACAUCUUCUGUGCAGAAUGUUCUGCACACAACGCCUUUACGCCCUCCUCCAAGAAGCCUGUACGAGUGUGUGACAUUUGCUUUGAUGAGCUGCAGGGCUGACAGCCCCCCACAACCCCUUUCCUGCAGCCCUCUCUGUCUCCUCAUCAUGACCUCUCCCCAGGAUGGAUGGACGUGUGACUGGGAGAGGCCAGCUGAGGUCGGGUGAGAGCUGGGCCACAGGGACUGCAGGCAUCACUGAGGAACUACAUGCAUGCAGCUGCUGUGGUGGCCUCUUAAUCCAGCCAAUCAGAUGGAGGAAACACUAAAUUAGACAGACCGGACAGCAUGUCCUCAUCUGCCCAGUGCCUUUGCCACUUCUGGGUCCACUCUUGCACCCAGAGGAAUCAAAAGGGAAGGGCCUUUUUUAUAAGUUGUAAAAAUAUGUAAAAGACAGAGUUUUUAUUCGGACUUUGGAAUGUCAGGCUCCAGUUCUGCAGCUGUUUGGCACUCAUAAAAGAGGUUUCACAUUAAUGUUGUCUUUUAAAUGUUUAAAGCAGAAGGUUUGAAUGAGAUUGAGGAUAAUUGUGAAUAUGUAUGUAUACAGUGGCCCCAAAGGUAUUUGGACACUGACGUCACAGCUUGGAUGUCUUUGUAAUAUAUAACAAAAUAUCAAACCAGGUAGCAUGCAUUUCAUAGAAGGAUAGCACAAAGACAUUCUCCAAGCAAAACAUUAAACAAAAAGUUUUUUUUUUUUUUUUAAGUUUUCAAAUGGUAAAACUUAAUUCAUCCACUAAAAAUGAGAAAAUUCAAGCUAUCCAUUUGCAUAAUUUGUUUGCAGGUUUCACUUGGUUUGAUGUUUUGUUAUUUAUGCAGUGAAAUUAAUAGAUUUUUUUAAGACUUAAAUAUCAAAAAUUGUCCAAAUACUUUUCGGGGCCACUGUAUUAGGAGCCAAGCUGCUAUUGUAAGAUCUCGUAUUUUUGGCUUAGGGAAUCUGACUAGAACCAAAGCGGUUUGCAAGAUCCUUUGAUGUCAUUAUUUGUAAAGUGAAUGUAAUUCAAAUUUAAUUGUCGCUCUAUUUGGGACUGUAACAUUUCUCUUUCAGUCUUGGCAUGUUUCACAUAAGGUAUGUUGUGUUAUAUACAUGCUCGGAUUGUUGUUUAAAUGAUACUCUUGAAAUAUUUGUUUUGCAUUCACCAUCUUACCAAUUGAUGUUAUUUUAAUCGUUUAUGCACACAGUGGCAAAAAUGUGUGUCUGUUUUGCAUUUUCUUAUCAAAUCAUUUUUAUAUAAUUUGUACUUUUGCACAUGUAUGAUGUACGUGCCCUGCUUUUAAGCAAUGAUUGUUGUGCAUUGGGUAUGUUUGUGUGUGUGUGCCAGCAUACUGAAAAUGAUUGCCAGACUGCUGAUUGUGUUUAAUAUGUUGGCUGCUAAUGCUCUUGUCAAGGCAACCUGAGCGGUUUUGCUUAAUUACAGCUCCUACUUUACGUUAACUUGUGCUAACCUAUUUUAGACGUAAAGGAGUAGUACAACCAAGAAUUAAACUCUCUCAUCAUUUAAUCAGCCUUAUGACAUCCCAGACAUCCCUUAUUUUCUUCUGCAAAACACAGAGAUUUUAGAAUAAUAUCUUAGCUCUGUAGGUCCAUACAAUGUAAUUGAAUGGUGACCAGCACUUUGAAGCUCCAAAAAGCACAUUAAGUCCUCUUUUACUAUAAUUCUCCACCUUUGACCAGCCCUGACCAGUAGGCGGCAAUAUGCAUGAAGAAUGUGAAUCGCCAAAAAACAAACAAAUGUGAAAAUGGAGAUUUAUAGUAAAAAAGGACUUAAAUAUUGACCUGUUUCUCACCCAUACCUGUCAUAUCGCUUCUGAAGACAUGGAUUUAACCACUGCUGUCUUAUUGAUUGCUUUUAUGCUGCCUUUACAUGCUUUUUGGAACUUCAAAGUUCUGUUCACCGUUCACUUGCGUUGUAAUGACCUACAGAGCUGAGAUAUUCUUCAAAAAUCUUUGUGUUUUGCAAAAAAGAAAGUCAGUCAUACAUCUGGGACGUCAUAAGGCUGAUUAAAUGAUACAUUCCUUUAAAGGGAUAGUUCACCCUAAAAUGAAAAUUCUGUCAUUUUCUCACCCUCAUGUUGUUUUAAAUAUCAGAAUAUUCAUUUUGGGUGAACGAUCCCUUUAAUAGCGAGCUCAAUCACAAGCGGAAAGUGUUGCGAAAUGGUUUGAACAUUAACGUAAGCACUCGAGGGAACACAAGUGAGUGGCCUGCAAGUGUUACUGCUGGAAAGUGAGCUUCACUGUUUUUGUCAAAUGGCCACGUUCUGAUGUUUUUGCUCUGCAAGCACUACUAAAUAGGUUGCAUGUCGACUCGCAGCAUUGAUGGCACUGUUUUGAAGUGUGUUUCUUGUCAGUGCGACUCAUAUAUUGACUGCUUCCUGUUUAUCUGUCAGUAGAUUCUGGAGAAUAAUGGAUAAUGGUGUUUUUUUGUAACACAGGGUGAUUCAGAAGUUUUCUCUGGGGAAAGAUGGACUUUGCGUGCCGUGUCUCAGGAUGUAAUGACCUCAUAACACAGGGUCUUUCAUCACCAGAUGUAAUGGUGACGUGACAUUUCAAUAUUCAAUAUUAUAAAUAAGCCCUUUAACUUGAUUUUGAACUAAAUGUGCUGCAGUCAAAUGUAUCAUUACAGUAUCAUAAAUGUCACUCAGUGCCAUAUAACUCUGAUACCCUCCACACAAAACCCUCUACCUGGCGACAUCACUUCCUUCGAUUCUCUACAAUGCUGUUAUUAUUAGCUAAAGGUUUUAAGUUGUGCAACAUGGAAAAAAAUAUGUAUUUUGUGACCCUAUAUGCAAAAUGUACCACUUAAUAUCAGUUUUUGGAAAACACUAAACUCUUAACAGUA